ACCCCAACCCCUGAACCUGAAUCCACCCAACCCUGCCUGCUUAUAAAUACGGCUUGAAUCACGCCGGCAAGUCUUGGUCGUCAGAAACGCUCAGGGUUGCGGCAGAACAUCCCCCUUUCGUCUUAACCCCCCCCUUUCAUCGUUUCUCUGUUUUUUAAGACAAUCUCACGCAUCAUCCAUUUUCACUCCCACACUCUCCCCCACUUUUAUUGUUUCUUCUUCCCCGAACUGUAGUGGUUUUUGCGGCCAGUUUGCAUGCAUUUUUCGUCUCCCAAAAUGGUUUGCGAGACUAAAAUUGUUGCGGACGAACACGAUGCUAUACCUGGGACCAAAAAAGAGUCGAUGAUGUGGAGCUCUCCUCCGUCCAGCGCGGCUAUGAACGCAGCCGAGGCGAAGGAUGUGAGGAAAGACGCGGUUUUUAUCCGCGAGUUCGAUUGCGGGGAUCAGGAGGAGGUGCGGCGCAUCUUUUACGAGGGUAUAAUGGAGAGGAUACCCAAUUCGGCGUUUAGGGCGAUCAGGCAGCAGCCCAAGACCCAGUUUUUAUAUGCUCUUCUGACAGUAAUGUGCUUUUUCGUGACCAAAUCCGUCACGCUGACCUGUUGUGCGCCCCUCAUUCUCAUGGGCGCGCGCUUCUACUACAGCAGGACAGUUAUCCACAGCUAUCUGGACUGUGCCCUGCACACGGACAUGGCUGACAUAGAGGCUUAUUACAUGACACCCACAGGCUCCUGUUUCUGGGUGGCGGUGUUGGACGGACGCGUGGUGGGGAUCGUGGCGGCUCAGGGCCACGAGGACGACAACACGGUGGAGCUGCAGCGCAUGUCGGUGGACUCUCGAUACCGCGGCAAGGGCAUCGCGAAGGCACUGGGCCGGCGCGUUCUGGAGUUCGCCGUGCGCAACAACUACGCCGCCGUGGUCCUCGGCACGACGGCCGUCAAGUUGGCCGCCCACAAGCUGUACGAGUCGCUGGGCUUCCGCCUAACGGGCCAGAGCGAGGACUACAGGCUCCCCGGGAUGAGCCGCUCGCCGCUGGAGAGGCUCUUCUUCCAGAUCCGCUACAGCCGCUACCGCCUGCAGCUCCGUGAGGAGUGAGAGUUUACAGGGAGAGGGAGAGAGAGAUGGAGAGAGAUGGAGAAAGAGAGGGACAGAGAGAGAGAGAGAGAGAGAACGACCCUCCUUCACCCGAGCGCCCCGACUGCAUCCUCUCCUCUGACGGCUUUUAUUUAUUUCAUGUCAUUAGAGAUACCUUUGAGUACUACUUAACACUUCUACUACUUCAUCUUUAAAGUCACUAACGUUUUCAUCACUACUAGGCUUUUGUUGCUGUUGUUUUUGUAUUAUACUUUCACAUUUUAAAUAAGAGUUUGUUUCUUUCCCUCUAUUUUAUUAAGCUAUUUUUUUGUACCUCUACCCCUCCCUUUUAAUUAUGGGAGGAAAAACAAGUCUUUCACAGAAGACAUCUGACUGGCACCCCAACUGGGGACCCUCCCUGCCCCUUUUCGGUUUAAAGAUCAUGUGACUGAUCAAUACUCCCCUUCAUUACUACUCCACAAUGCCCUCUUUACCCCUCCCCCAUUACCUCCAGCACUCCCUUCCCUCCCCACAUUCAACAUCCCCAGCAGCAGACGUGCGUGGCGCUGCGGAGUGCACUGAGACAUUUGCAUUCUGUGCCAUUGGGAGGACGGGACGGAGCGAUGGAUGGGGUUGGGAGGGGCAAUUACGGCUUCCUGGAGAGCAAAACACACAAAAAGAAAAAGUGGUGGUGGGGUGGUAAGCUUGUGGUACACACUUUCUUUUACAAAAGCUCUUCAAUGUGACAUUUUGUGUGUGCAUUUGUGGACAGAGCGUGGUCACGCACACACAAACCGAGUCAUUCGGCUUUUAGCCCGUCUCUCAAAGACGCCAUAUUGAAGCACAGAGUGUGUUACUGACCCCCGUAGUGAGAGAGGAGGAGGACAGGAUGGCCACAGGAAUACGCGCUGUGUAUUCCUGGUACCUAGACGGACACGGAUCAGCGCAGUGCAUCUUCCUCACAUCCCCUCCUCUUCACUCUCUCCUCACCGGUGAUUCGAUUGGAUCUCUCCUUCCUUUCUAUUGUUUCUUUUCUUUUUUUUAAUCACUGCUUUUCUCACUGGAGCUGUGGAGAGGGUCUCUGAUUGGUUGAGGUUGACAGGAGGGUGGAGCUUUCUCGCUGACAGAUCCCAUGAUACAAUACAGCUGCAUGUCCGAGCUUGUGCGUGUGUGUGUGAUUGUUGAGAGUAUGUGAUGUGUGUGAUGAGGCCAUGGUCAGACAUUACAGACCAUAUGCCUCAACCGUGUGUGAUGAAUUAUAUUUUGCGUGGACAGACACGCACCGUUUCUUGCUAUGAGUCAAGUAUUAUCUAAGUAACUUUCUAUGUGUACUUAUAAAUUGUUUACGGAUUGAAGAAAUAUACAGUCUAACAUUUUGAGUUUAGUAGUUGACUGGUAAUUAGUAAUUUUACACAUGUUACCACAUUGUAAUAUGCAAAUUCUACUGUCAAAACGACAACAAUUACAAAAUAGCUGCAGACUACACUCCACGUACGUAAUCCAGGUUAUUUGGGGAACAACUUGGGUAAAACAUGACUACUAGCAAUACUUGCAGACCUGCAGAACAUAACUGAGCACAAACAGCAAAUAAUAACCAAUAUAUUGGCAUUAGUAUUCCCCCCCUUCCCCAUGUAUUUAUAUUGUGUAUACA